CACGUUCUGCUGACGUCACUGGGAACAGAAAAGUACAAAAUGGAGGAGUACGCGAGGGAGCCGUGCCCCUGGAGGAUAGUGGAUGACUGUGGGGGCGCCUUCACCAUGGGGGCCAUUGGUGGAGGGAUCUUUCAGGCCGUCAAAGGCUUUAGAAACUCUCCUGUUGGAAUGAAUCACAGACUGAGGGGAAGUUUGACAGCCAUAAAGACAAGGGCCCCACAACUUGGAGGAAGUUUUGCUGUGUGGGGUGGGCUUUUCUCCAUGAUUGACUGUGGGCUGGUGAAAGUGAGGGGGAAAGAGGACCCCUGGAAUUCAAUCACAAGUGGAGCCAUGACCGGAGCCAUUUUAGCUGCAAGAAAUGGGCCUGUGGCCAUGGUUGGCUCUGCAGCAAUGGGAGGUAUACUGCUUGCAUUAAUAGAAGGUGCAGGAAUAAUGCUCACACGGUUUGCCUCAGCACAAUUCCCAACUGGCCCACAAUUUGCAGAUGAGCCCGCUCCUAUGCCUGCAUCUUCAUUUGGAGACUAUGGACACUACCAAUGAGUAGCCGUUGAAAACUCGAGGCCUUUUCGUAUUCCAUGAACUCAUCAGAGACACUGAAGUUACAAUGAGGACCUGUCUGACUCGCUCAUUUAUCAACAGCGCAUGCACAAAUGCCACCAACUACAAAUGACAGUCUCGAGAGAAUGUGAAGGGGAAACACCAUUAUCCAUGUUAAUGCAUUUAUCUUCUGUAUGCCUUUUUGCUAUUCUCAGCCUUGUCAUUUGCCUCUGGGUCACCCUAUUUAAGUUAAAGGAAAUCAAACCCAGAUUUGUGUUUCGAUCCAUUUUUCAUGUUUUAUUUUUUAUUUUUUAUACAAUCGUUCUGUGUGACUUUUUUGAUGCAGAUCGAAAUGUUUGCCAACUUAAGCUGUUGCCAUUUUUUUUAAAGGACUAUACCGGGUUCAAUACAAGUUAAGUGCAAUCAACAGCAUUUGUGGCAUAAUAUUGAUUACCACAAAAAUUUAUUUUGACCCCCCUCUUUUAACAAAAGCUAAAAUAUGGGUAAAAGUGAGGCACUUACAACAGAAGUGAAUGGGGCCAAUCUGUAAACGUUAAAAUGCUCAAUGUUUCAAAAGUAUAGCCACAAGAUAAACUAUGUGUGUUAACAUUAUUAUAGUGUGAUCAAAUCACACCUUUUCUGUGUAAUGUAUACAAAUAAUGAUAGUAAUAUUGUCCACUGGAGGGAGGCAUGCUCUUAAAUUAUUGCACAACACUUCUCAGUUUGUCAAGUUGCGCUCGAUGUGGAUGGUGCCACCGUGCUGAUAAUGUUAAAAAAAAAAUUUGCACAAAUAUUUGAGAGGAAUAAAAGUGCGAAAUAUUUUAAUUAAAAGGGUCAUAUAUCCAGAAAUGCAUCAAUUUGAUGUACUAUGAAAAUACUGUAACUUUUAGAAAGUUACAUUUUUAAAAUAUCACUUCUACAUCCUUCUGAUAUCAGACAGAUGAAUGCAUUAACACGUCACUGCCUGUGUCAACAUGUUUAUGACCUUUGCUGUAAAAGGAUAGUUCUUAAAAAAAAUGUAUCCUUCCAAAUUUAAAUCACCCUUAUGCCAUCCCAGAUUAUAUGACUGUAUUAUUUUGCUGAACACUAACGAAGAUUUGUAAAAGAAUUUCUCAGCUCUCUAUGUCCAUGCAAUGCAAGUGAAUGUUGACCAAAAUUUUCAAGCUCCGAAAAACACUUGAUAAGACUCGUGUUUUCAUUCCAAACUAUCUAAAAUAUAACUCUAAAAUAAAAAUUGUAAAAUAUUAUUAUUUUUUUCACUUUACAUCUUGCCAUUGCAGUCUCACGAUCAUGAUUGCAGGAUCGAUUACACUUCCUAGUGCUUGAUGCAUGCGCAGACCGCUAGAUGGCGCUAGGAAAUGUAAUUGAGCUUGAAAUCACAAUCGCCAAGAAAACGGCUGAUGGCAAGAUUUAUAGUAAAAAAAAAAAUAAAAAAAAGGAGUUAUAUUAUGAUCUUUUCUCACCCAAAACCAAUUGGAUUACUUCAGAAAACAUAAGUUUUUCCUGCUUUGACCCACCUCAGCCGUGAAUAUUAGAGACAGUUCUGAUGCUGCUUUGGUUCUGCGUAAAUAAAAUGCAGCAUCAGAGCAGCCUUAAAAUUUGUUGUCAUAUUAGAACAAAUAUUUCAUAAUUUAGUUUCAUAUUUUAAAAUAUGCAUUUAUAUUCUCAUUCUUUUCAUAUUUUUAUAGUCAUAAUUUUAUAUUUAAAGCAUUAAUAUCAUAACAUUAUUUAUGCAAUUGUAAUCACUGUGUAAAUGCAUUUAUACCUGCUCUAAGCAGCAUUUAACAGUCUGUAAAUAAAUACACAGAUACUUUA